UGUUGCACUGUCAGAAUUGUAUCAGUGGUGUUGUAAAAUGUAUACUCAGUGGAUCAAAUAAACACUGCCAGCUGUUUCUUUGGCUUUUGACCAUCCUGUGGUAGGUGUUCUGAUACCACCAGCAGGACAGGACAGCUUAUAGGAUCACCUAUGUGACUGGAAGACCGCAUAUACGUAGUGAUGAAUGAUGGGCAGCCUGAGAAGGUAAUUGUCUUUGAAAUGAUAUUUCUUGCUAUUCUAAUCACUGACUUGUUAAGAAAUUAUAUAACAUAUUAUUUGUGUACUAAAAGAAUAUUCACUGGUGCGUGAGAAAGUUCCAUUUUUCUUUCUUCAAUACGAUUCUGGAGGGAUCGCCCGUGGGACUGGAGGACCGAUGGAUUAUCUGCAGGACCGGAGUUCUGCCUGCUUCUCCGAUAGAACGACGAUAUCGAGAAUGUCAAGAAACGAGAAGUGAUGAAUAAUGAUCAGCAUCAGAAGGACUGCCUACAGCACCGGUUCAUCGCCUACAGCACCAGAAGAUUGUCCAUAUCCACUGUAUCGAGAAACAAGAAGUGUUGUAGGAUGAUAUGCCCUAGAAGAUUACUGUCCCUCAUCGGACUUUUCGGCAAGAAGUCACUGGUAUUAUCAGUAAGUCUACCACAGAAGGUCGAAGAUCAAAUAAACAACUGGUUGUGUUUGUUUGAUCCAUUUUUUGAGUAUACAUGUGACAGCAUCAUUGAAAUAGUAAUGGCAGUGCAGAACCAACAAGCUAGUAUGCAAAAUUUACUUCCAACACUGAAGCUCAAAAUUAUUAAGCUGCUCCUCCCACCCAAUUCUACUUCUGUCACCCUCUCCCCCCUUUAAAAGACCCCUACUUACACUGCUGUGGCCAAGUAAAGAUAGGUUGAUAGGGAGCUAGGUGGGUAGGCUAGGAUCAGAGUAGGAUUUUGUAGAU